CUGGAGGGCUGUUUGAGGGCGGGCUGUUCGACGAUGCUCCAAUGGGAGAUGUACCUCCAGUGGACUCCAGCUCUGUAUUGAGACAGGCGGGGGUAGAGGGGGGACUUGAUGGGGGUCCACCACCUGACAGCGAUGAUGAUGAUGAUCACUUUGGGGGACCGCCAAGUAUCGGUGGCCACAGCUCUGAUGGAGGGUCGAGGGCUGUGUCACCCAUGCGUGAUAUCGCUGUGCCCAUGGUACCUCCCUCACCUGCCCGAUCGUACGUGUCACAUGUGUCGCACAUAUCACACAUAUCGCACAUCUCCCACAUGUCACACCGGCCCACACCCGCACCCACACCAGUGCCCUCGGAACACCCUGAUGAUGAAAAGCCUCCCACACCACCUGCUGACCAGACAACACUGGUGCAGAACGACGAGGAGAGUUUCGCCCUGGCUCCUGUGGAUGCUUCGGCUUUUAAAGGUUUCACCAAAACAAAACGCAAGAGGAAGUUGAUCGUUGAUGAGGUGAAGAACAUCAGUGGAGAGGAAAUGAAGGCCCAACUGAGCGACACCAGUGACAUCGUGACCACCCUGGACCUGGCCCCACCUACUAAGCGGCUAAUGCAUUGGAAGGAAACCGGAGGAGUUGAGAAACUGUUUGCACUUCCUGGCAGGAACAUACCUGCGCGAGCUUUAUUCAAGAACUACCAGAGACACCUGACCAGCCGAGCUGUGCCCAACGAAGAUUACGGUGGAGGCAUUGAAGGGGAGAACCAGAUGCCUCUUGACCAGGUCAAGGAGCCGGAGGAACCAGUGGAAGCGGUACAACCGGCUGGUCGCAGAGGGCGCAAGAGGAAACAGGUUGAACCUGAAGAGCCUGUAGUGGAGCCUCCACAGUUCCAGCUACCCUGGAGACACUACCAGAGGAGUUGGCUCCUGCCCCUCCCACUCCUGCUCCUGCCCCCGAUGUGGCCCCAACAACCCCUGCCCCUCCUCAUGUAAGUCCCCUGUCA